CUAAACUCAAUCACUCAUCUACCCUGACGACUUCUGUAAGAGAACUAAUGUUUAUAAUUAAUAUGUAAUUUUAUCUACAUCCUUACAGACAAUCACCUGCGUCACGCUUCACUGCUCCCAUUCGCACAGGCUGAUUCAAUACCUUUUUUACCUUCAUUGUUAUUACAUUUAUAGGGAGGUUUACACGGUCUACGGCACAUUAAAGUAUCUCAUCCAUAGAUCAGUCGCUGUAAAGCAAUGCCAAUGGUGUAUGCAAGCUACAAUGUAUUUUCGCAUAAUGUAACUGAGAUCCGACAUGCUUACAGCCAAGUCAGGGAGCGUGACCACCCGGUCAGAAUGGCGACUGCAGGUAACACAUCAUCAAAGGGAGGUAAGAAUGUGCUGAUUGUGUACGCUCACCCCAAACCUGAAUCGUUCAAUGGCGCCCUCCUGCGAAAGGCUGUCGAAGUGCUGUCGUCAGAAGGCCACAACGUCGUCGUGUCCGACCUGUACAAGAUGAACUUUGAUCCACUGGUUCGACUUGAAGAUUUUUCAGUUUCAGAUUCAGGUCCAUCUGAUGUAAGCAGGGAUGUCCAGGAGGAGGUGGACAAGGUGGAGAAGGCGGACCUGGUCGUGUUCCAGUUCCCUCUGUAUUGGAGCUCAUUUCCCGCGAUACUGAAGGGUUGGAUGGACAGGGUCAUCCAGGUCAUUUCGGGGUUCGUCCGCAAAACAGGAUUCUACGAAGAAGGUGAUUUGAGGGUAAGGGGUAAAAGGGCGCUACUGUCCUUUACUACCGGAUCUCCGAGCAUACCCGUGAAGUCCCUGGAAGCCAUGCUCUUACCAAUGCAGGCACGCAGCCUCCUUCUAGCCGAAGACGUCAGACGCCGGACAAGUCACGUGGUUGGGACUUUGAACAUGGUCGGAUUCGACGUCCUGACCCCUCAGGUUUCACUUGGUGUCGAGAAUGGGACGGAGGAAAAGCUGAAGCAAUAUCUAGCUGACUGGGCUGGGCGUUUGUCCACUGUGUUUGAAGAACCGACGCCUGAGAUGCUGACUGUUGACACAUGGGCUAAAAAGCAUUCUGUCGUGAGUGAGUGAGUGAGUGCGUGAGUGAGUGAGUGAGACGUGCCAUGCCAGACGUGCACCUAUAUUGAAAUUAGAAUAAUGGAUGCAUUAGUUUUUAAACAUAUUGCCUAGGCAACUAAUAUAUCAUUAGAAAGCCAUAGAAAAGACACAAGGUGCCAUGUGGCAGUCCCAAACGAGCUUGAACUUUUCCUUUGAGAAAUCAGAUGGUUAUCAGUACUUGGCGUCCUGCGUCCUGGGUGAGUUGUGUGAGUGAGUGAGUUUGUGAGUGAGUGAGUGAGGUCUUGGGAUUUCAAGCCCACGACUUCAGGUCUUUAGCAUAUCUGUAAGUCUAUAUCACCAUAUUAUCAAAUCUGAAGCAAAUGCAAAUACAGCCUAAGAAUUAAGAGUGUCGUUUCACUUUGAAUGCGGUGUAGAUGACCAAUCAACGUUUACUGUGAAUAUUUCAAUUUGUCAACAUUUGGAACUCCCUGAAAAUAAAUGUAAACUUUCCAA